CCAAUUUUUUUUAUUUAAUUAAUGGAAAGUAGAGCCCUAAAAUAGUGGCAAUUUCCAGGAAUAUAUCCAUUUUGUAUUGAUUUUCGUAUUUUUUCUGAGGCUUCAAACUGCAAAAUAGUGCAUAUUUUCGCACAAUUAGCUUUUGGCCGAGCGAAAUGAUUUCUCAGGAGAUUGGGCCGAGUGACGUAGCAGGAGUGACUCGUGUUUGCAAUAAUUUGCAAUUUGUAUUUACAUGUACACCGCAAUACUCCGCUAUUGAAAUUGUCUGGCUUUUUGCACGAGAAAAUGCCCAAUAGAUGUGUAGCUGGUGGUUGUUCGAACGUUCCUGACCUUUCCAGGAAUAUUGGUCUUCAUAAAUUUCCCGGCGAAAACGAUCUGGAGAAGAAUAGACGGAGACUUUGGGUAGCUUUUGUGCGGACAAAACGUGCAAAGUGGUCGCCAACAGCUACCUCCCGGCUUUGUUCGCAGCACUUUAACGCUGAUGAUUUUGAAAGCCCGUUUAUAACGAUACCAGGAACGGAUUUUGUAAGUCGUGCAGUGUUGAAAAAGGAUGCUGUUCCUUCCAUACACCACCAGAAGGAUCCUGAACCUGAGAUGGCUGAUUCGCAAUCAACUAGAAAGCAUCGCAGUGUAAGUGCAAAUAUCAAAUAUGUACUGUAUAUACUGUUCAUUGCUAAUAUUGUCACGUUUUUAAAUGGACUCACUUUCUCACAGAUAUACGUCAUUUUCGUUUGAAUAGGUUAUAAGGGGAUUGCUAAAAGAAAACGAGGCCAAAACCAGCGAGGCAACCAGCGAGGACACCGAGGAAGAAAUAUCAACAAGUACAAAUGUUGCAUUUCCGUCAGAGCCUGAUUUAGCAGUUGACUGCAUUCAUCAUGUGGAACAAUCUUCCACUGUAAGUCAAAAUACUUAUGUAUUUAUUCCAAUCAAAAUAUUACUGAUCUCACAAAUACAUAAAUUAUUUCGUAGACGCAAGAUGCUUCCAGUCAAACACCCGAGUGUCUAGGUUGCAAAAAGUUAUCAAGCCAGCAUCGCCAGCUCCGGAACAAGAUCAUUGAUCUCCAAGGGAAGAUACAGGACCAGGAAACUGAAAUUCAGCAACAAAAAGGUAAAAUUAAUUUUGUUUUCACUAGCUACUAAGUUCUCAGAAAUAUUCACAUUGUUAUUGAUACUCCAUAAGAUAAGAUGUUGUUAGCUAUGGGUUGAUAACUCAUUCUUAGACUAACAGCUUGCUUCCUCACUCUCAAGGGUGCCUCCUUAUAUGUACAGUAUGUGGUAUCCCUCCCCAGAUGAAAUCAACUGAUCAUUACCUGGUCUAUUUCUAUCUUUAUUCUUUUACAGUUUUUUAUUUUAAAUAAUAUGUACAUUUAAUGUCAAUGCUCUAAAUGUGACAUAUUUCAUUACAGAGAGUCUAGAUACAAGUAUGGACAGGAUAACCUCUAUGGAAAAGAUCAUUGUUGACAAUGAGAGCAUCCCAAGCAGUGAUGAAGAAAUGGAAAUUGAAGAGGAGCCUCAGUUUUCUGAAGCUUCUUCGCCCGAGUACAACCUAUUUCCAGAUACGGAAUCUAAUAAAGAUUUGUCUGAAUCAGAGUUGUCUUCAGAUGAUGAUGAAGUUGAAGAACCACGACCUACAAAGUAAGUGGUCCAUAUGGAUGAACUGAGUUAGGGAUUCAUGUGCACAAUUUAAUGCCGACCCUUUUAUGUAUGUUUAAUGACUCAAACAAUCAUUUUACAAGCCCAAAAUACUGUAUUACCUUAUUGCAAGUACUGCCAAAAUGGGUACUGCAGUUAGAAAUUUUGAAGGUACUGUCCAGUAUACAGAACGUGUCUUGAAUUUUUUAGCUUACCAUACCUGUAAAAAAUUUUAAACAAACAAAUAUUUUUUUGUUUCUAUUGUUGCAGGGUAUCAACCAAUUCUGAAAAUGUACGAACCGAGCCAAAGUUCAUUGUUUUCCUCUCCCAACUACUGCUCCUGUUCAAUAUCUGCCCGACAUGUAAAUUUGAGAAGCCUUUUGUUGAGACAAGUGUGAUUGGUACCAUGGUUAAAGUUAAAACGCAGUGCUUUAAUCUUCACUGUCCAUCACCUGUCAAUUCCUGGAAAAGUCAACCAACCAUGAUAGGAACAAAAAUGUCAGCAAUGAACUUCUUGCUGUGUUUUUCAGUCUUGGUGUCUGGUGCUUCCCCAUCAAAAACAUUUUUAGUCUUCAGGAACAUGGGUCUAUCAUGUAUUUCUUUGAAGACUUACUUUAAACAUCAAGCUGUAAGUACAUUAUUUUGUAACAGUUCACUCACAAAUUGAGUACCGUACCUUAGCAUCAUUCUAAGGAAUUUCAAACUGUAUUAUUUAGAAAUACUGUAUGUAGGACUCAAUCCUCCUCACUCCAGAGAUAUAUGCUUAUAUGCCCAGACGAUUAUAGAACAGUUUGGAGAAAAAUGUUUAUUGCUGAGUGCAUGAGAUGCCACUCCAUAUCCUGGAUAGUUUGAUAAUUUAAUGUCAUACCAUUCAAUGUCUUUUUAGAAAAAACUUUUCCCAACAAUCCAUUUGUAUUGGAAGAAAUACAAGCAAGAUACUGUAAGCAAGCUGAAAGCAACUGGGCAAAAUUUGGCUAUUGCUGGUGAUGGUCGGCAUGACAGCAUGGGUCAUAGCGCAAAAUACUGUGCAUACACUUUAUUUUGUUGCACAGUUCCACUUAUCGUUGAUUUUUCUUUGAUUCAGGUAGGCUAAUUAACCCAUUGAGCGCCAGCGCACUCUGAUUAAUUAACAAGUAAAAUUGUCUUGCAUUCAACAUUGUAAAAUGCAAAAAUAGGGAACAGUAGGGUGCUUGCAGUGCAACUUGAUGGGAUGCACCCUACAUUAUUUUUAUUUUUUGAAUGCGAGAUGGUUUUCACAUCAAGUGUGCAGUCCUGUGUAUUAAUAGGUUAAUUACUAUCCUAAUUAUAUUUUUACAGAGAAAUGUUGCAGGAAGCAGCCAAGCGAUGGAGAUGUUGGGGUUUAAGUAGUGCAUGGACAGCACAGGGCGAAAAAACAGAUUUGCACUAGGCUUUGCAACCCGGUGCAAAGGUGCCAUUGCCGUAAUCGCAUCAAAUUUGCAAGGUUGCAAAUAUUUUGGCAAAUUUAGAAACCAAAUUAUGGACGAAAAUACCCACAAAUUCACUUGUGCAAAUAAAAGUUAAUUUGAGCAAAAUUUAUCCUAUACCCAUUCCCUCUCAAAAAAGAGAAUUGUAUUUACCAAUAUGAGGCUAAAAAUUUAUUUACCAAUUUGCUUUCCAAAUUUGAACAAAAUUUGCACAAUAGCAAAUUUGAUGCGAUUACGGCAAUGGCACCUUUGCAGGGGGUUGCAAAGUUGGAGCAAAUCUAUUUUUUCGUCCUGUGCAGCCUACUGGUGUGCGGGAUUGUCUUUGACACCUUCAUCACUGACCGCCACUCAUCCAUUGCCAAAUAUAUGCGGGAAAACCUUGCCCAAAUCAAACAUUACUUUGACCUGUGGCAUCUCAAAAAGAGUUGAGUAUUUUUAAUCUUUUAUUACAAAUAAGUGUUCAAAUUUCAGAAAUCCCCCCCUCUAAUGCAUGCUGUGUCACCCAACUGGUGUUCAAAAAUAGGAUUAAAUGUUUCUUUGGCUUCAAAUAAACUGUACAAAUGAUGCAAUAUAGUUUUUGUUAUAGUUAAAUAAGUCAAUUCACUGUAAAUGAAUACCCUUGCUCACCUUGCAAUGCUUGAUACAACCUGUGCCUCAGUCAUUUGAUGACAUGUUUUGUAUGUAAACAAGUAUGUUUUCUUUAGAGAUUCACAAAGUGCUAACCAAAAUUAGCAAAGAAAAGGAAUGUGAGCAUCUGGCUGAAUGGAUAAAGCCCUGUGGAAACCAUUUGAUGUGGAGUGCAACAUCAACCCCAUCUGGUGAUGGUAAAUUAAUAUGGGCCAAAUUUGAAUCUUUCUUGUCACACAUUGUCAAUAAACAUGCAGACCUUAAUUCCAAAUGGCAUCUUCAACAAGUGUGCUCACGGAGAGACUAUUUAUGAUAGGCGGUGGCUUGAAGAAGGUAUGCAUGUUCUUUAUAUUAUCAUUAUAAAAUGCAAACUUGUUCCCAGGGCCAUUAUGUUGCUGGAAGAUGAGGGAAGGUCCUGGGUAGGAGGUUGCAAAUGUUCAAUACCUGUUGUACUGUACUGUAAUAUGAAUAAUCAGUGAUCGAGAAAAUUAAAUUGUUUUCUAAAAGUAUUACAAACAGGAAAUGAUUGUAAGAAACAAUUGGUGGACAUAAACUAAGGUCUAUGUGGAAGGUAGAUUAAUUAGAAAUGUAGGGUACAUUGCAACAUAAUGCACCCCUGUUUAAGUCUAAUGUCAGGCAAUUUACUUGUCAAGGGGGGAGAGCGCUGGUGCUCAUUGGGUUAUUUUAUCAUUGGUCAUAUGUAUAUUGGUAAUUUUGCAGAUACAGCAGUUUAUGAAAAGGUGUGCAAAGUGCUAAAGAAAACCUCACUGGUUAAAGGCAUAAAGAAAGCAUCCCCUAUUGCCCAAACAAGCUGUCUGGAGGGCUUCCAUUCAGUGCUUAACCAAUUUGCUCCCAAAAUGAUAGCUUACUCAUACCAAGGAAUGUACUGCAGGUAAACGUUGCACUGCAUUGUAUGUGUAUAUACUGUAAACUUAUCUUUCAUUCUUAACCAUUUGCAGGGAAAAAUGUAUCCAUAGAUCCUUUGGCAGUAAUCAAGCCAGAGACCGGGCAUUCUGGUGCUUGUGACCACACUGACAGAGAGUCCAGUUGCUAAGAUCCAACUUUAAUUCAUAUUAGGAUGACUCCAUUGGUCAGAGCACUGCAUUAGAAAAUACUACUGUAUAUUGCAAGCCACCAUUUCAAGCUACGUGGUUAAUUUAAUACAAAUAUCUUGGUAUUUAGGCACAUAAUCGCAGCUGUUCAUUUUAACACCAAUCUUCACCGGGAUAAUCGAAAAAAUGAAGAUGGCAGUGAGCAAAUGAAAGUGGUUUAUCCAAAAUUUAAAAAUGGAGAAGCUACAGUGCGAAAUGUCAAAGUGAAACCAAAUUAUGGUAUGAACUAUUUAAUUUCGGAACUACUGUACCAAGUGACUGAAAAACGUAAAGAUGAUUUUAUUUUUAUUAGAUUAUGUUGAAGAAAUGUUCAACACUUUUGUUGAUGCAAAAUUAAAUAAAAAAUUAAAAGCAGCAAGAAAAGAGUUGGAGACAAUGGCACCUGCUCCCAUGAACACUAUGCUAGAAAAGCAGCCACGAAAGGAAGCAAUAGAAGCAUGGAGAAAGAGACAAUCAAUGGUUGUACAAGAGGUCCCAAGGACUUUGCAAGGUACUGUGCAGUUUGUGCUAAGAUAUUCCUAAAUGUGCCCUGCUGUAGUGUUUUUCUCUGCAUGGGCGGAUUUGCUGGGGGGGGGGGUUAAUCCCGUAGAAUCUCUCUAAUCCCUCUUAUAAAGUGUUCAACCCCACCAAAAUUUUGCUUCACCCCUCCUAUUUUGUGUGAACGCAUGUAACCCUAACCCCAGCCGAAGCUUGCUCAGUGGUGCCACUUGCACCCCACUACAAAUUUUUCCACCUGUCCUUUAAAAAAAUGAAAAUCCACCCUUGUUACUCUGUCUAAUGCCAUAUGAUUUUACUCGUCAAGGAGAGAGUCAUGUGUAUUUCUUGUCUUAUAAGUAUUGUAUAAUUUUCUUGUAUUUUAGUUACCGAGUCCCUUUCAACCGAUGUUGCACCUAAAAGGGCAAGAUAUUGUCGUACUUGCAAAAAUCCAAUGAAAGGACACAAGAAUGUAACAGAUUGUCCGAGAAACAUGCAGACAUAA